AUGGAAGACGCGUCUUGCCUGUGCAUCCGUGGCGCUAAAACUGUGGGUCUUAGAAACCGUGUGUAUGGAACCCACAACGCCAAGCCCCUUGUCGCUCCAGUCAGCUGCUUGGCGGCUGUCGCCCACGCUGCCAGGUGGUGCUGUAUUAUAGCAAUGGCUACCAACCGGAAAUAUGCUGCCCUUCCAGACCUGGACUCGGCUCCAGAUGUCUAUGAAACGCCAGAACUGACCGAUGACCAUUCGACAAUUCCUCCCACAACAGUCCAGUCUCCAUCCGACGAUGAGUACGACGAGGACGAAGAUACCAGCGGCAUCUCGCGGUCGCGCCUGCGGAUAGAUGAGGCUCGAUCGCGGUUCAUGCCCGCUGUUGUGGAUGCCAGCAACGUGGAUUUCUCAGAGAGACUCACCAGCAAACGGAAGUCAUACAAGACCACCAGUCGACGCCGCCGUAUUCUUGAAGACGGGACCGAAGAAUUAGGGGACUUGAGCGAUGAGGAUGGGACCGUGAGCUUAGCCCGGAGGAUUGCGCGGCUGAAGCGCGAGAUCGAAGAGGCCAGGCAGGAAUAUGAGAAACAAAAGAAUGCGGCCGCGACUACAGCAGAGGAAGGGAAAGGGGUGUUACCUGUUGAAGUAGAAGACCAGAUCGACUCCCUCAGCAAAGCCCUCGACGAAAUCUCCAAGCUCGAAGAACCCCUCUCGCCACCGGGUACCAUUCUCCCGGCCCCGAAGCCCCCAGCACCCAGCACCACCGACGAAGGAACAGUAACCGCUACAGUCACCACGGGCACCACCUACACAAUAACCUAUUCCCCGACCUACGACCAAACCCACGCACUCGCUAAAGCAGCCGACUUCGACAGGCGCCUCCUCAUCCUUGAGCGUGCCCUCGGCAUCGGCUCCGUCGACGUCCCGGGCCUAACUCCUGACAAUCUCCCGCGCGCCAUCAUCCCCCUUCUCGAACAACUCCACAAGCAGAUCACCACCCUCUCCGAAGCCUCCGUCCCCACGCUAGACGGCAUCACCCGGCGCGUGCGCACCCUCACACAAGAAACCGAGAACUUGGAAAAAGCCCGGCGCAGCGCCAAGGCCACACAGGAGGCCAUCGCUUCCGCCGGCGGCAACGCCGCCGCCGCGGGAACAGGCACCGAGGGUGCAGGCGUAUCUCCCGAAACCGCAGAGCAAAUGGCCAAGAUCAACGCAUUGUAUGGCACCCUGCCUACAAUCGAGAGCCUCGCGCCACUCCUUCCCCCCUUGCUAGACCGCCUGCGCUCGCUGCGUAUGAUCCACGCCGAGGCAGCCACUGCGGCCGAGACUCUGGCACGGAUCGAGAAGAGGCAGGCAGAGAUGGCAGCAGAGAUUCAGCAAUGGAGGGAAGGGCUGGAGAAGGUGGAGGCGGCGGUACGGGAGGGGGAUGCGACGAUGAGCAAGAAUGUUGGGGUCAUGGAGGGCUGGGUCAAGGCGCUAGAGGAGAGCAUGGCGAAGUUGUCGGGUUGA